CUUUAUUUUACGUCAAAAGUACUUUUCUAAUUUAUUUCACUUCAAUUGAGGAAGGCCGCUUAGAACAGAAAUCUAGCAAACCCAGAAACACAAUACGAAAAGAAGAAAAAGAACAACUAUCGCUUGCCCAUUGCUCACCAUUUAUCUCAUCAUCAAAGUUUUUUGGGGAAAUAUCUGCUGAUUUGUGGAAUCUGGUUAUAUAAUAAUGGCAUUCGAUCAAAACGCUAUACCAGUAGAUCUCAGACCCAUAAAUGUAGUUCAUAGUAGCGGUGAAGAAGCCCGCAUUGUGACCACCUCGGGUCGACCUAUUGAUGGAUUCUACCCGAAUUCGAACCCGGUCCGUUUAGACGUCGCUAACUCUCCUUCAGUGCCUAUGUACUUCACUGAUGCAUCAACUGCUGGGUUUCCGGGGAUGGGGUAUGUAAUUCGGACUGGUCAGGGUGCUUGGUGGUCCCCACAAACGGCAGCUCCCGUGGGCCCUUCACCUUCUAGUAGUAGUAGUUUUAGUAUUAGCUCCUCAGGGUAUGCCUACAGCCCGAAUGUGGGCUCAAGAGUAAGUAGAGGUGGGAAUAGUACCGGUCUUGAUCAAGUGAUUGAAGAUGGAGCUGAUGAUUCGGUUUCGGGUAAGAAAGUUAAAUUCUUGUGUAGCUUUGGGGGGAAGAUACUACCUCGGCCUAGUGAUGGGAUGUUGAGGUAUGUUGGUGGCCAAACUCGAAUUAUUAGUGUUAGGAGGGAUGUUACAUUUGAGGAGUUGGUUCAGAAGAUGAUGGGUACUUAUGGGCAAGAAGUUGUUAUCAAGUAUCAGUUGCCUGAUGAAGAUCUUGAUGCCCUUGUGUCCGUUUCUUGUUCGGACGAUCUUGAUAAUAUGAUGGAGGAGUAUGAAAAGUUGAAAGAGAGGUCUCCUGAUGGGUCUGCUAAACUUCGAGUGUUUUUGUUCUCUGCUUCUGAACUUGAUCCUUCAGGUUUGGUGCAACUUGGGGGCUCCCAAGAUACGGGACAGAGAUAUAUGGAUGCUGUUAAUGGGGUUGCUGAAGGUAUCGUUGGAGGUAUUACAAGAAAGGAAAGUAUAGCAAGUUUAGCUUCAACUCAAAAUUCUGAUGUAAGUGGGUCGGAGGCCUUUGAGACUUCUCUUGCUCAAGAUGUUAAUGGACUGCCAUCUACAAGCAUGUUUUCUCCUCAGAGUAUUUCUUCUGCCUCCUAUGAUAAUGCCCCAAGAUUGGAGAUUUCUGCUACGCCCUUACUUGUUCCCCCUCGCACAGUUGUGCCCCCUCAUUCAGUAGCUUCUCAACCUGAGAUCGAGAUGGAGAGAUCGAUUCCUGUUCAAGCAAUUGGGCUGCAACAAUCUCCCAUGGGAUAUGAUUUACCACAACCGAGUAUCAAUAUGCAACCUAUUGCUUCACCCUAUCUUGGUGGUUAUAUAGAUCCUCACCAAGAUGCACUGAAUCGUGGAGCUUCACAAGUUUAUGCAAAUCGACAAGGUUUGGGAGCUUCAAGGCCUAUAAUUGUUCAACAACAAUAUUGUGAUAGUGCCUCAAAUUUGAUGAACCAACAAUACUUACCCACCAGACAAAUGACAAUGGCUCCACCGUCUUCGCAUUUGAGUAUGAAUCCAAAUAUUCUUCGGCCCCAAGUACAGUCAACACAUAGAGUAGUUGCCAUUCCUACUGAUUCUGGAUAUAGUAAUGCAUACCAAGCCCCACUUGUUGGAGGUUAUGGAUGGCCCCAAGCUCCUCCUCCCCUGGUACCACAAGACCAUGCAUCCUUCCCAGAAGGCUAUAUGCCCCCACAUCAACAGGCUGUUCCAACUGCAGUGGCGGACUGCUAUAUGUGCCAAAAGGUACUACCUCAUGCACAUUCUGAUAGCGUUGUACAAGAUCAGAAAGUUACUCAAUCAAGCUAUAUUAAUGAUCCAAUCCCAGUCCAUCAAAGCCUUCGUUUGGAUGAUGUUACUAGAUUGUAUGCAGCUACUCCGCAGAAUAAGGGGUUAAUGGGGUUGGCAACUGAUGCACAAACUCCUUACAAUGUUACUGUCUCAUCCCAAGAUGUUAACCAGCAGCGUCAAGUUGCUUCAUCAUAUUUGCAGAAUGAACCCUCUGUGAGCAAACCUAGCAAUGGUGACAAUGAUAAUGGUGUACCCUACCAUGCCCGCGAUCAGUUUGUUCCUGAUUCAUCAAAUAUAUCUAGUGUGCCCUCUAGAGAGAACGCGGUAAAGUCUGUCAUAUCAAGGGAUCAUGCAAGAGCAGUCGAGGAUUUCCAAAACAAAUCCUCUGAUAUCCUGCCUACUAAUGAACCUGGCAAGUCAGAGCCUUUCCUGCCUCAAACAAUGGGAAGAGAGACAUUUCCAAACGCUGCUUUCAGUAGACCUGAACUAUUUGAACAGACGAGCCCAAUGAAGCAAAGUGAAAUGGUGCCUUGUUCUGUACCAGAAGUUCAGUAUCAGGGUAAUGAGUUCUCACCUAGACAUGAUAUGAGAUCUGAUGUUGCAAGGUUUCCAAUUGAGCCAAUUUCUCCCCAUAAUUGGGGUGUUAUUGGGAAUGAUUCUCCAAACUCAUUGUUUAGGAACCAAGACACUUGGAAUGUUCGACACGAAACUCAUUUCCCUCCUCCUAAACCUGGUAAAAUCGUUACAAAAAGAGAGGCAUCUGCUGCUGACAACCGCCAGAAUGGAGAAUUAAUUGCUGAAGUAAACCUGGUUGAAGUCACACCUACAGCAGAGCAAGUUCAAUCUGGCAAAGGUUCUGCUGAAGAACUAAUCAAGCAACAGCUACAAGCAACAGCGGAGGGGGUUGCAGCAUCAGUCCUCUAUUCAUCCGUGUCUUCAAAUGUUGACUUUCCUACCCAAGAGACAAGUGUUUCUGAAGGAAAUAUUGGGAUUGAAGGACAGACUGACGAUGAGACUGUUAUACAAACUAAGAUAGAGGCCAUGAAUAUUAAAUCAGAUAAGACAAAAUUUGGGUUUCCACUCUCAAAUGACCUUGGUCGCUUACAGAUAAUCAAAAAUAGUGAUCUUGAAGAGCUGAGAGAACUAGGUUCUGGAACCUUUGGUACUGUUUAUCAUGGCAAAUGGAGAGGAACUGAUGUUGCUAUUAAACGAAUCAAUGAUCGGUGUUUUGCUGGAAAGCCUUCUGAAGAAGAACGCAUGAGAAAUGACUUUUGGAAUGAAGCCAUUAAUCUAGCUGAUUUGCACCAUCCGAAUGUAGUAGCUUUCUAUGGUGUUGUGCUAGACGGUCCUGGUGGUUCUGUGGCAACAGUUACCGAGUACAUGGUCAAUGGUUCUCUUAGAACUGCUUUGCAAUCGAAUGAAAGGAGUCUUGAUAAAAGAAAGAAGCUUUUGGUUGCCAUGGAUGUGGCUUUUGGAAUGGAAUAUCUACAUUCUAAAAAUAUAGUUCACUUCGACAUUAAGAGUGACAACUUGCUUGUCAAUCUUCGAGAUCCACAUAGACCCAUAUGCAAGGUUGGAGAUUUAGGUCUGUCCAAAGUGAAACACCAGACAUUAGUAUCAGGUGGGGUGCGAGGUACCCUUCCUUGGAUGGCACCUGAGCUUAUGAAUGGCAGCGGCAGUCUAGUGUCUGAUAAGGUUGAUGUGUUCUCUUUUGGUAUUGUCAUGUGGGAGCUUCUGACCGGAGAUGAACCAUAUGCUGACCUUCAUUAUGGUGCUAUUCUUGGAGGCAUUAUGAGCAACACAUUGAGACCUCCUGUUCCAGAGAAUUGUGACCCAGAUUGGAGAUCCCUGAUGGAGAGAUGCUGGGCUGCAGAGCCAUUAGAAAGGCCAACUUUUACCGAGAUUGCUAACAAAUUGCGCUCUAUGGCUUCCAAGAUUACGGCAAAGGCCCAAACACCAGCUACGAUGACAAAACCAAAUUCAUAGUUUCUGGGUAUCAUAAAAUAGCUCUCUAGUUGGAUUAGGUAUUUUGACAUAGGCCUGUUGAAAUUUUGCAUUAUAGAUACCCCCUCCAUUCUCCUCCAUCACCCCUCUUUCAUAACAAAAAAAUUAAAUAAAAUAAAAAAACGGAUAGUUAAGAAAAGAAAGGAAAGGAAAAGAAAAAGGAACAAUAAAGUUACAAGUUAGGCAGUAGCUAGACAUUUAUUUGUAGUUUUUAUUUCUAUUUUGCUAUUUUGAUAUUUUGCUACCCCUUUUGAUAUUAUUCUAGACUAGAAUCGUAUGAAUUUUCAAUUUUCAA